AUGACGAAAAGCACCAUCUCGUAUUUCGCACUCUUUCUGCUCAGUAUCAUAGCUCAAGUGAGGUCCCAAGUAUGUCAGAACGUUGGUCAAUACGGGCAAUGUUCGGUAAAUAGUGCCUGCGGUUGUUUUCAUAUGGCGAAUGCUGACGACACUGGUGUAUGCGGUUUUCUUUGGCCAAGUUGUUCGCAUCUUUCGCCAUGCAAUUCUGCAAAUAACACUUGUCAGUCGUCGGAUACGAUCUGCGUUCAUCAUCCUCGAUGUCAGAAUUCACCGGUUUGUUAUCCUGUGUCAAUGAUUGAUCAACGGGUGUGUCCACCAACGACAAUAGCGACAACUCAACAAACAGUAGUUACAUCAACGACAUCGAUACCGUGGUCAACUACAGCCACGACUCCUGUCCAACCGAAAUGUCCAAGGUUAAUAACGUUUGAUGAUAUUCUUAAUGCUGUUCGCAUACCACAACCCAUUCCACCUGGAUACUCUGGUUUUCAAUGGGUAAAUGCGAAUUAUAUGAAUGUCACUUAUCAUGAGCAGAUUAAUGGCUUGUCAGGCUAUUCUAAUGCCUUGACAAGUGGUCAUUUUAUUGCAGUGAAUAAAGAUGGUCAAAAUCUACACAUGAUCAAUAAUGCUGCUAAGAGUUUUAGUUUGAAAUCGUUGAUAGUAGCAUCUGCUUCGAACAACAACCUUAUAUUAGAAAUUACAGGCAAGCGUGGUGGAACAAUUUCCAAUACAAGAAGAAUCACAUUACAAAUGCAAUCGCAACGUGUAGAUCUGGAUUGGUCAUACCUGGACACUGUCUCUUUCUCAGCUGAGGAUUCGAAGUCAAGUGCAAAAGGCAGAGAAACAUCGUUUGGAAUUGAUAACUUAUGCAUAGAAUUUACGAAAUAA